AUGACUUCUACGACUUCACUGCCCUAUCGCCGCCCAUCUCGACAGGCCUUGAGGGAUGCCCGGGAAGAUAUCCAACCCCACAUAGAUCACUAUAUCGGCAUCGACGUUGGAACUGGAAGCGCCCGUGCCUGUAUUAUCGACGGUAGAGGUGACAUUGUUGGAUUAGCAUCCGAGAAUAUCGGACUUUGGCAGCCUCAACAGGGUUACUACGAACAAUCGACAAACAAUAUCUGGCAUUGCAUUUGUGUUGCCGUCCACCGUGCCAUCAGCCAACACAAUAUCGACCCAGACACCGUAAGAGGCAUCGGUCCCAACUUUGACUCAGAUCGCAAUGUCAUCCUCUGGCUGGACCAUCGCCCUGUGGAGGAAACUGAAAAGAUAAAUGCCACAAAUCACAAUCUUCUCCGUUAUGUAGGUGGGAAGAUGUCUAUCGAAAUGGAGAUCCCCAAGGUUCUAUGGUUGAAGAAUUACAUGCCCAAGGAUCUCUUCGACCAGUGCAAGUUCUAUGACCUAGCUGAUGCGCUUACUCAUAUUGCAACUGGCAACGAAAAGAGAAGUUUUUGUAGUGUCGUCUGUAAGCAGGGUUAUGUCCCUGUUGGUGUGGAUGGAAGCGUCAAAGGUUGGCAGGAAGAUUUCUUGACAGAAAUUGGCCUUGGGGAUUUAGCCAAGGAUGAUUUUUUGCGAGUCGGAGGAGUUGAUAGGGUGAACGGCGAUUAUCUUAGUGCUGGCGAAUUGGUCGGAACACUUUGCGAUAGAGCAGCUGCUGAUUUGGGUCUUCCUGCUGGAAUUGCUAUAGGCAGUGGUGUUAUCGAUGCUUACGCAGGUUGGAUUGGUACCGUCGGCGCCAAAGUCGAUUUGGAGUCUGAACAACUGAGCUCGGAUGUCGCUACAAACGAUAAGACCCAGGCCUUCUCCCGUCUUGCAGCUGUCGCCGGGACCUCCACUUGUCAUCUAGCAAUGUCCCCUAAUCCUGUAUUUGUCCCGGGCGUGUGGGGUCCCUAUCGUGAUACGAUUCAACCAGGCUACUGGAUGGCUGAAGGGGGCCAGUCAGCCACGGGCGAACUACUCAAACAUGUGAUUGAGACGCAUCCUGCUUUCAAUCAGGCGGUAUCAAUCGCAGAGUCAUACAAUGCCAACAUCUAUGAAUACUUAAACGAGCACCUGAAAGAAAUGGCCCAUGAGCAAAAAGCCCCAACUGUCUCCUAUUUGGGUCGUCAUUUCUUUUUUUAUGGGGACCUUUGGGGUAAUCGCUCACCCAUUGCAGACUCAGGAAUGACAGGCUCUGUGGUAGGUCUUACCAGUGACAAAACAGUGGACGGCCUUGCAGUUUAUUAUUAUGGCACUCUCGAAUUCAUCGCCCUGCAAACUCGCCAGAUUGUUGAGACCAUGAAUCAGGCUGGUCACAACAUCACGUCCAUUUUUAUGUCCGGAUCUCAAUGUCAAAAUGAUAUUUUGGUGAGGCUCAUUGCAUCCGCUUGCAAUAUGCCAGUUCUUAUUCCUAGAUACAUCCAUGCUGCCGUCUGUCAUGGUGCAGCAAUGCUCGGCGCCAAGGCUGCCAGUGCCGAUACUGAUGGCGUCACGGAAGAUCUGUGGGAAAUUAUGGAUCGUAUGAGCAAACCUGGAAAGAAAAUAGUACCAACGGACAAUGUCAACGAGAAAAAUCUACUUGACGUCAAAUAUAGGGUCUUCCUCGAGCAGUGUCAUAAGCAGCAAGAAUACCGGGCCCAGGUUGACCAAAUUGUGAACUCCUGGAAGGUUAUUUAA